GACAGCCGUCCAAUGGUUCUCAUGCUGACCCCUCCAUGGUUCGACCCACCGGACCCAAUCAGAUGGUGAACAGGAUGCACAACCCUGCAGGCAUUAAUCAGUUUGGACAAAUGGGUAUGCAGUCAUUAGGUCAGAGGUCAACGCCUCCCCUCCCACUUGGUGGACCUCUAAAUCAGAUGGGUAUGGGGCCAACGCGGAUGGGGCAGCCCAUGGUGGCCCAGAACCAGUACCUCCCUCCUGGUCAGUUCCCUGGGUCCAGUCCUGGCCUCGGGGCUGGCCCAGUCGGCAUGAACCAUCCAGGGCCACAAGGAGGUGUGACACAG